GAACUUUAUUCGUAAACAACUUUUCUUCCGUGAAGCAUAAAUCAUUUAAGACCACAAAAUUAACACAGUUAAAAAAAAAGUGAUAAGAAGUUUUGACGCCGCAAUACCACUCAGUUGAGAUAUUUUUAGAAAAUAAAUCACACAAAAAUGGUUCCAGAUCACAGUUGGAUUAAAUUAACCUCUUAUUCCCCAGUGCCACCAUUGGCUGUUUUGGGAGGACACGAUUGCGAUGGGGCGCCAAUUUAUGUCGGUCGCGCCUUUCACGAAGGUGACAAUUUGCCAGCCAAAGUGGUGCCUAGCAAACAUAACGCCUACGUGUGUUGGGAAGGUCGUCAAAUCACCAAAACUUAUUUUGAAGUUCUCACUGGCAAUCACUAUCAUUGGAUUCCAUGUGAAGAUGGUUCGGUUCCACCAAAUGCGAUUUUGGCUGGAAGUACUGUUGCCGGCGAGCCUCUGUACAUUGGACGUGGUUACUGGGAGGAAAGUUUGACGGUGGGAAAAAUUCAUCCUUCCCAUAAUUGCCUGUACAUUCCGUUUGGUGGAAAGGAACAACGUUUAGAUUGCUAUGAAGUCCUUAUCUACGAUAUCGAUCACUGGGAUCACACUUGGAUUCACUGGACCACUCAUUCACCACUUCCGCCAUUUGCAGUUGUGGGAGGACACGACUGUGACGGUGCUCCAAUUUAUGUCGGCCGUGCCUUCCACGAAGGUGACAAUUUGCCAGCCAAAGUGGUGCCUAACAAACAUAACGCUUACGUUUGCUGGGGUGGUCGUGAAAUCACCAAAACUCACUUCGAAAUUCUCACUGGCAACCAUUACCGCUGGAUUCCAUGUGCAGCUGGUUCGGUGCCACCAAAUGCCGUUCUAGCUGGCAACACUGUCACUGGAGAGCCACUCUACAUUGGACGAGGUCACUGGCAGGGCAGUUUGACGGUGGGUAAAAUUCAUCCCUCCCACCAUUGUCUCUACAUUCCCUUCGGAGGGGACGAACAACGUUUAGAUUGUUAUGAAGUCCUAACCUACGAUAUGCCACAUCAUGGCGGUGGUCAUCAUCAUUAUGGUGCUACAGCUGCUACAAUUGCAGUUUGCCCCCCUGGACCUGGUUUCGGUGGUCAUAAUGCUUGGGUACCAAGCUCAUUGUCCGUACCUCCACCUGGCGCAGUUGUUGCUGGUCAUGACACCGAUGGAUCCACCAUUUACGUUGGACGAGCCUUCCACGAUGGAGAAAAUCUGCCAGCUAAAGUGAUUCCCUCGAAGAGUAGUGUCUACAUCAGCUGGGGUGGUCGUGAUAUAUUUAAGAAUAAUUUUGAGGUCUUGACUGGCUAUGGGUACCAUUGGGUGCCUGGACAUCAUAGUGGGGAGAUUCCAGCGACUGCUGUAUCAACCGGUACAACUCGAAAUGGCCUGCUAGUCUAUGUGGGCCGUGGUCAUCAUCAUAAUUCUCUGACUCCAGGCAAGGUGCAUCCUUAUGAAUAUUGCGUCUACAUUCCAUACGCCGGCAAAGAAGUUAAGCUGUCAAAUUAUGAAAUUCUUGUCAAAACCGGGUAGUUUAGGUAUAAGGGAUGUGUUGGAUAAAUGUUGAAUAUGAUUGUUGAUUAUAAUACCAAAGAGUUAGAAUGUAAAUUUACGAAAAUAGAAAAUACAAAUAAAUUUAAUUAAAUUAAAACUGCUAACUAAUAA